AUGAUGAGCAGAAUCAAGCAACCUUGGAUUGAAACGCCCCUGGUGCGAGCGACAAAUCUCUCGAAAGCUGCUGGCUGUAAUGUUUUUCUAAAAUUGGAAAACACGCAGCCCUCCGGCUCUUUCAAAUCGAGAGGUAUUAGCAACUACAUGAUCAGCAAGCUGACAGCUCUUCGCGAGAACCCAAAUGGUGCGUCGGCCAAAGCCCACUUCUACAGCUCCUCCGGCGCCAAUGCCGGGCUAGCAUGUAUCUACGCUGCAAACGUGUUCGGAUGUCGAGCGACCAUUGUGACUCCGCUGUCGACGUCGGCAUUUUUGGUCGCCAAGCUCAAGCAGGCAGGAGCUGUCCAGGUCAUCCAGCAUGGCGACACCUGGCAGGAAGCUGAAGAUUACCUGAGAGCAACAGUCAUGCCGAGCACUGCGGCUGCAGACGAGACCCCAAUCUACGUGCCGCCCUUUGAUGCACCGGAGAUUUGGCAAGGCAACGCUGGUAUAAUGUAUGAAACUGUCAGACAACUCAGCUCAGCGAUGCGCCAUUACGCCAUGAACACCACACCACCGCCGGCGGCAGCAGCUACAAGCAACGGUCAUCAUGCGGCCACAGCAGACGUACCAAAUAUCGACGCUGUUAUAUGCAGUGUUGGUGGAGGCAGUAUGUUCUGCGGUUUGAUGCAGGCGAUUGAAGAACUACAGCUGAAGGAUCGCACUCAAGUAAUUGCCGUAGAGGCGGACGGGGUUGACUCGCUGGCACAGUCUGUGGCAAAGCGGGAACGCAUUACGCUGUCUAGAAUCGGCAGCUUGGCCACCAGCCUGGGUGCAAGGAGAGUGGCACAGAGAGCGUUCGAGUAUGGCUUGGAAAAGCAUGUCACGACAGUUGUACUGUCGGACGCCGAAGCCAUACGCGCAUGCCAUCGUUUCGCUAACGAAGAGCAUUAUCUGGUGGAGUUGGCCUGUGCGGUUUGCCCUGCUUUGUGCUACAAUGGGAAGCUGCCAGGGUUAAUCUCUGGAUUCAAUGAAAAUACAGUGGUGGUGAUCGUCGUGUGUGGUGGUAGCAACAUAUCGUUUGAGAUGAUGGAGAAGUUUUUGGCCACUCUGGGCGAUUAG